AUGGACGUAUGCCUCUCCACAACUGCAGCUCCUACCUAUUUUCCAUCUCACCAGUUUACAACAAAUUCCAGUGACGGAAAGACCCAAGUUUUUAACUUAGUAGAUGGAGGAGUAGCGGCUAAUAAUCCUACCUUGAUAGCAAUGAAAUUAGUCACUCGAGCAGUUCAUCAGGAUACAAGAAUAGUCGACAAAAAGGAGCACCUUGACCACUUUGUUGUACUUUCUCUUGGAACGGGAUUAGAAGAGGGUAUUGAAUGGGACGCAAAAAAGGCUGCCACAUGGGGAAGCUUGAAGUGGAUUCCUCACGAUGGAAGAACGCCUCUCAUAGAAUCUAUCAUGAAUGCAAGUUCAGACAUGGUCAACAUUCAUACAGCUUUGAUGCUCCAUCAUGUCAAAGAAAACUAUCUUAGAAUCCAGGAAUGGCAACUAAAAGGAAGCGAAGCAAAGAUGGACCUCAGUACGGAUGAGAACCUGAGGAAUCUUGUGAAGAAAGGCCAGGAACUAUUGGAUAAGCCUGUUAGAAGUUUAAAUUUGGAGACUGGGCGUCCUGAGAUAGUGAAGAACGACUACACAAACAGGAUGGCAUUGACUAAAAUGGCUGAACGACUCUCCAAGGAGAAGAAGUUGAGGGAUAAACGGAGCGCAUCUUCUGCACUUUCUAUGAAUGGCCAUAGUGUUGGAAUAAACAUCUGA